CGGGGAGUCUCCAAGAUGGCCGCGUGGGGAAGGAGGCGUCUUGGCCCGGGCGGCGGUGGCGGCGCCCGAGAGAGGGUGAGCCUGUCGGCCACAGACUGUUACAUUGUGCAUGAGAUCUACAACGGGGAGAACGCCCAAGACCAGUUUGAGUACGAGCUGGAGCAGGCCCUGGAAGCGCAGUACAAGUACAUCGUGAUCGAGCCCACCCGCAUCGGUGACGAGACAGCCCGCUGGAUCACCGUGGGCAACUGCCUGCACAAGACCACCGUGCUGGCGGGCACCGCCUGCCUCUUCACCCCGCUGGCGCUGCCCCUGGAUUACGCCCACUACAUCUCCCUGCCUGCGGGCGUGCUCAGCCUGGCCUGCUGCACCCUCUACGGCAUCUCCUGGCAGUUCGACCCCUGCUGCAAGUACCAGGUGGAGUACGACGCCCACAGACUGUCCCGGCUGCCCCUGCACACACUCACCUCCUCCAGCCCGGUGGUGCUGGUCCGGAAGGACGACUUGCACAGAAAGAGACUGCACAACACGAUAGCGCUGGCGGCCCUGGUGUACUGUGUAAAGAAGGUUUACGAGCUCUGCGCCGUAUGAUCGGGGCCGAGGAGGGGGAGCAGGCAGCCCGGCCCGCCAGGUGGCAGGACGGAGCCCGGGAAGGCGUCUGGCUGCACGUUUGUUAUUUUAAAGAAAUAACAGAUCACAAGUGUACCAGGGGUUUUUUCAGCUCAUCACACUAAGAGGUGGAUUCCCGUAACCCACGGGACCUGAGGCUGUGGAAGGCCGACCAGGCGGCGGGAUGCGACGGAAGCAACGCCACCGAGGGGACGUGAAAGCGCUUGGGGGGUCGUUAAGUAGGCUGUUUAACUGUACCAUCCAGAGCCAACCAGAAGCUAUUGACCAUUAAAAUGAUGAGAAUUUCAA